CGUGCGACUCACCUUUAGGCCAAGGGCGCGCGCCCUGGAAAAUUCCACUCCCGAGCUCGCUCCACCCUAUGCGCCUUUUCUCUGGCUGGGUGAUCUGCGGCUCGACUAGCAUCCCGGCGGCCUUUGCGUGAGCAAGAUGGCAGCCCCCAUACCUCGGGGCUUGUCCUCCUUAUCUAGGACUUUGGGAUGGUGGUCUCGGCAGCCCAUUCUGGUGACUCGGUCCACAGCUGUAGUUCCAGUAAAAACCAAAAGCCGUUUCAGACCCCCGACUCCUGAACCCAAGUUCAAAACAGAAAAGGAGUUUUUGGAAUAUGCCAGGAAAGCAGGAUUGGUUAUUCCACAGGAACGGUUGGAGCGCCCUAUACAUUUGGCCUGUACAGCUGGUAUCUUCGAUCCCUAUGUUCCACCGGAGGGCGAUGCUCGAAUGUCAUCACUUUCAAAGGAAGGACUGACGCAGAGAACUGAGCGGUUGAGAAAGAAUGCGGCAUCACAGCUGGCAAUUCGAAAGAUAAAAGAAUUUGAUGCUAAUUUUAAAACAAAAGACUUCCCUGAAAAAGCUAAGGAUAUUUUCAUUGAAGCUCACCUUUGUCUAAACAAUUCAGACCACGACCGGCUUCAUACCUUGGUGACUGAACACUGUUUUCCGGACAUGGUCUGGGACCUCAAGUACAAGACUGUGCGCUGGAGCUUUGUGGAGUCUCUAGAGCCAGCCCAAGUGGUUCAUGUCCGUUCCUCAGGGAUGGUGGACCAGAGCAACAUGUAUGGUCAAGUCACCGUGCGCCUGCACACUCGGCAGACUUUGGCCAUUUAUGAUCGGUUUGGCAGAUUGAUGUAUGGACAGGAAGAUGUGCCCAAGGAUGUCCUGGAGUAUGUGGUGUUUGAAAGACACUUGAUGAACCCGUAUGGGAGCUGGAGAAUGCAUGCCAAGAUUGUGCCCCCGUGGGCACCCCCUAAGCAGCCCAUCCUCAAGACCUUGAUGAUUCCUGGUCCUCAGCUGAAACCCUGGGAGGAGUAUGAAGAGACACCAGGGGAGGCUCCAAAGCCUCAGCCAGCCUGAUGGCGUGAAAGACUCCUGAGGAGCCUAGCAGUGGUGGCGGGCACCUUUAAUCCUCCUGGCACUCUGGAGGCAGAGGAUCUCUGUGAGUUCAAGGCCAGCCUGGUCUACAGAGCAAGUUGCAGGUCAACCAAAACGACACAGAGAACCCUGUAUUAGAAAAAGAAAAAAAAAAAGGAAAGAAAAAAGAAAAAAAGACUCCUGAGAGGUGCCCGGGUGGUGGAGCUUCGAAAGCCGCUCUCCCUGAAGGCUCCCUUGCUCUCUCCUGCCCUGCCUGGGUCAGCAGCCCUCAUCCCCCACAGUCAUGGCCGACGUGUGUGGCCCAGGUGGUGGCUGGGGUGCCCAGCCAUGGCACAUCUUCUUUUUACGACCAUGUUUAGCUUCUGAGGGGACAUGAGAAGCAUCAGGAGAGAGCGAAUGCCUCACUGCACUUUUCCCGGCAGGAACUGUGGGAUCAGACCAACAGCUUUCUCUUUUCUAAUUAUAAGCCAGGUCAGCAUUUGGAAUAAAAUACUGCCAAAGAAUA